AGUACAGGGAAAGGGAGACAAGAGAAGAUUGGGUUGGUUGUUGUGGCUGGACUUCUCCUCUCCUCUCCUUUCAUUUCUUCUCCUUCUACUGAUGCUGGAGCAUCUUCAUUUGAGAAAGCAAGAUGAUUAGCAAAUCAAUACAUUGAUUAAUGCAUUAAGGAUGUUAGUUUUGGGAGGGGGUACACAACAGCAACAGCAUCAUAAUUAUCUUAGUCCUAGUAGUAGCUGGAGCAGAGUCAAAACCUGCUACUCAAUGAAUGUUGUGAGCCAUAGGAACAAUGUGGUUGUCAGCAAUAAUAACAUUAUUCACAACAACAUUUACUUUAAAAACUUGAAAAAGAAGAAGAAGAGGAAGCUGCUGCAGGUUACAGUGAUGAUGAAGACAGCAAAGGAAAUUAAAACAAUCAACAACAGCAACAAGAAUUUGUGCGAUUCAAUUAUGGCCAGGUCAUGUUACCAUACAGUACUAACUGGGCUUGUAGCUUCUGCAACAGUGAUAUUGUCUACUAGUAUUAUGUUCAGUGGUACUACUCAUGAAGCUAUUGCAUCUGCUGCAACUAACACUGUAGAGGACGGUACUACUAUGGAAAACAUCCCACAGAUGCUCUCUAGUACUGAUGGUGAGGAUGAUAAUGGCAAGAGGAAAGGUAGGAUUCAGAAGCCAAAGUCUAGGAAAGCAGAAUCCUGCACCAGCAAGUGCGUCACUACUUGCGUCCGAGGUGGCUAUGGUGCCCCAGGGGAAGGACCUCUUAAUGCUUUCAGGCCUCUGGUGGUAUUCAAGCAAGGAUUUCAUAGUCGUCAAUACUGCCUGGUGGAAUGCUCUGACAUAUGCAACCUAAUCAAGGACUAGCUAGGUCCUAGGGGGACUGAAGUUGGAAUCCAUAAAGCUGAAUUGGCUAGGUAUUCUACCAGAAUUUGUUUUUGAUUCUCUGUUGAAUUUUGUAAUCCUGUAUGUAUAUUUUAAUACCAGAGAUAACAAUAUUCUUUGUAAAACGGUUAGUACAGAGUAAUACAGAAAUUUUUAUAUGUCC